AUGCCUCGUCCCUACUAAAGCCACAAACGACUUGACAUUAUAGCUUUCGGAAUCUUCCAACUAUAAUGAAUUCAACAACGCCACAUUCCUACGAUAUCACGAACAAUACUUUUGGCAAUAAUGUUAGAAUCCAUCAAGGCGAUAUCCACAAUCACGACAGCUACGCGCCUAGUCAGGCGGACCCUUGCCUAAUUAAAGGAGACCCUGGCAAAGGAAAGACUAUGCUUUUAUGUAGUAUUAUCAACGAACUAGAGAAGUUAAAUACAUAUCGCCUAUCAUACUUCUUUUGCCAGGCAACUGAAACAGGACUGCGAAGUGCGACGGCUGUGCUGCGGGGCCUUAUCUACAGCCUUGUUAUUCAACAACCCUCUCUCUUAUCUCACGUACAAGAGAAGUACGAUCGCGCAGGCAAACAGCUGUUCAAAGAUAGGAAUACCUGGACAGCUCUAUCCAAGAUAUUAAAGUCAAUACUUAAUGAUCCUAGUCUUAAAGAUGUAGUCUUGCUUAUCGACGCUCUCGAUGAGUGCACAGAGGGACUUCUAAGCCUUCUUCACCUUAUCAGGGAGAUUUCCUCGACUUCUUACGCUAAGUGGAUUAUGUCAAGUCGCAAUUGGCCCAGCAUCGAGGUUGAACUUCAAAAUUUUAAGCAGAGUAUUAGACUUUGCCUUGAGUUAAAUGAACAUUCCAUCUCUGCCGCUGUUCAAAAUUAUAUCCAUUACAAGGUAGAUCUUUUGGCGCAAAAGCACGGAUAUAAGGAUAUCAUACGGGAAACUAUCGAAAAAACAUUAGAGUAUACAGAAGACAUCUCGUCAUUUACAGAAUUAAUACGUCUCUGCGGUUCAUUUUUUACUAUCUGUAACAAUAUAAUCUAUUUCGUACAUCAAUCAGCAAAAGAAUACUUAACUACAGACAAGUAUAAUCCAGAUCCACUAAUCGCGGUACAGCACUCAUGCGUCUACUGGAUUAACUACCUCUGUGACGGCAAUAUUGUUGAUAUGUUCCUGCGCCGUCAUUUUCUACACUGGCUAGAGGCGUUAAGUCUUCUACACUGUAUGUUAGAAGGUGUUUCUGCAAUAGCAAGGCUUACAGACCUCCUUCAGCAAACGCCCCGAAGCCGAGUUUCAAGUUUGGUACAAGAUGCCAGACGAUUUAUAUUUCGGCAUAAACGGGGGAUUGAAUCUACGCCCCUCCAAGUAUACGUAUCUGCUCUUAUCUUUAGCCCUCUCCAGAGUGAAAUACGAAACAUAUUCAAGGAUAAAGAGCCGCCAUAG